GCGUGGAAGCGAGUGGAUGUCUCGCGACCGUUCGAACUUUCUGUUACGUCACUCGAUAAUAGCUCCAGAGUGGGAUUCGGUAGAUCGCUGAUAAUAAGUGUCCUCUAAGGGGUGGUUUAUAAAUUGGUUUAGUGGGAUGUUGGUUCGAUGAUAAAGGUGCGAUGGUGCGGCGGCGUGAAGUCAAGCUGGUGGCUUUGCACCUAUGCACCGCAGUGUUGUGGGUGCUCACCUGCUUGAACGGUUUAAACGCAGUGAAAAUAGUGAAGUUGGUAGUGCCAGAGAUAAUCCAAUAUGGUGUCCAGGACUCCGUGAUAUUAGACUGUGAUUACACGUACGGUAACAACACGUCAGGGUUAAUGGUGAAAUGGUUUUUCAAAAACAAAGCGCGACCUGUGUAUCAGUGGAUAGUGCCGAAAAAACCUCAGGAUAUGGGUAUCCUGAGGGGUCGUGUGGACUUGAACUAUAGGGCAUCUAAUGACCCCCUGAAGAUGUACAGGGCGUUAAGGAUUGUGAAGCCAGAUACAGAAAUAUCUGGGGACUAUACCUGUGUGGUGUCUACUUUCAUGGACGAGGACUCCAAAACGAAACAGAUGACUGUUUUCGUGCCAGAACAGAACUUCCGGCUGAUACAGAACAAGACGGACGACGACACCGUCAACGUCAUCUGCGCGGCGGACGGCGCGUUUCCGGCGCCCAACCUCACGCUCGCCACGCCGGAGAGGCGGCUGGAAGGCGUGUCCCACAGUCAGAAGCUGGUCAACGGCAGGUACUCAGCAGUGGCCAUGAUCACGCUGAGAGAUGCGGACCUGCCCUCUCCAGCAGAGUUCAUCUGUAUGCUGAGGAUACCGCAGGCCAACUACGUAGUGAGGAAGGAGGCUAUCUAUUAUCCGGAAUAA